AUGUGCGGAAUUGCUGCCACCAUUGCCCUGCCCCCGGCGGCCAGGGCUAAUGGCUCUGCGAAUGGUCUGAAUGGCCACACUAACGGUGUCAACGGCCAUGCAAACGGUGUCGACGGCCACGCUAAUGGUAUUAACGGCCAUACAAACGGUAUCAACAGUCAUGCAAACGGUAUCAACGGCCACGCGAACGGCGUCGACGGAACACAUCCUGCCAAUGGCUAUGCUAAUGGCUAUGCGAACGGCGUUAACGGAAAGCACAUUUCUAACGGCAACACCAGCGAAGCCCUCGCGAAGCAGCUCCAGGCUGCCGUCGACAUCAUUAACCACCGCGGCCCAGACGAGUCAGGCGUAUGGGUGAGUGACGAUGGGAGCGUCGGCCUCGGCCACUGCCGCCUCUCCAUUAAUGACCUCUCGCCGAGCGGGUCGCAGCCCCUGCACAGCGACGACGGCCAAGUGCACGCCAUCGUCAACGGCGAGAUCUACGACUACGACCGCCUGCGCGAGAUCUGCGCCGGCGAGCAUGGCUACACCUUCGGCGGCCACAGCGACAGCGAGCUGGUCCUCGCGCUCUACAAGAUUUACGGCGCGCCUGCCAUGUUCGAGCACCUGCGCGGCGAGUUCGCCUUCGUCCUCUACGACGCCCGCGAGGGCAGCAAGCGGGUCAUCGCCGGUCGCGACCGGUUCGGCAUCAAGCCUCUCGUCUGGACCGUCAGUGGUGACAGGCUCCUGCUGGGCGCCGAGGCCAAGUCGUUCCUCGGCAUGGGCUGGCAGCCCGAGUGGGACGUCCACGCAAUUGCCGACUCCGGCUGGAUGAUGGACGACAGGACGCUCUUUAAGGGCGUGAAGAAGGUCUUGCCCGGCCACUGGCUGGAGCUGACCGAGGAGCGCGGUUUGGAGACGCACAGAUACUGGGAUGCACAGUAUCCGGAUAAAAAACAAGUCGAGACUCGAAGCAUAGAUGAGAUGGUAGCUGGCGUCCGAGAGCGGCUCGUUGAGGCGGUUCGGCUUCGACUUCGCGCUGAUGUCCCGGUUGGCAUCUAUCUCUCUGGGGGUAUCGACUCAUCUGCUGUCGCCGGAAUUGUGACGGAGUUGGCAAGAAAAGAGCACGUGAAGAUUGGCAACAAGCAAGCCACGCGCGUCGCGUGCUUCAGCGUUCAAUUCCCUGAAGAAUCCGGCUAUAACGAAGCUGACAUUGCCGACCGCACGGCCAAGUGGUUGGGCGUUGAGACCGUCAAGAAGGACGUCACAGAAGCCACCCUGGCAAGGGACUUUGCCGACGCGGCCUUCCACUGCGAGCACCACCAUUUCGACCUCAACAGCGUCGCCAAGUUCACGCUGUCUGAAUUGCCGCGUGAGAACGGCGUAAAGGUCGUCAUUACCGGCGAGGGUUCCGACGAGCAUUUCGCCGGUUAUCCGUACUUCCCCUGCGAAUUCCUGCGCGAGCCCGACCUGUCGCGGCCUGACGAACCGCUCGCCCAGGACAACGAGAAGCGGGAGGCGAUGCAGAAGGCGGCUUCGGCCGAGAUGAACGCGAUCUGGCGUGCGAUUGGAGCCGAGACAUACACUGGCUCCGGCGACAACGGUAUCCUUAGCGAGGUGAAUAACAACACGAUGGUCAACAACCUGCUCGCGUGGCACCCGACUAUCGGGCUCUUCGCGCCGUGGGUGCGCGACGGCUACGGCGGCACUCUCGACUGCCGCCGCACCGUCAUCGCGUCGUACCCAGAUGACGUGCGUCGCAAUAUGCAAGAGCGCUGGCACCCCCUGCACACGGCCGAGUACAUCUGGAACAAGAGCCAGCUCGCCAACAUCCUGCUGUCGUGCCUCGGCGACCGCACGGAGAUGGCGCACAGCGUCGAGGCUCGCACGCCCUUCCUCGAUCACCACCUAGCCGAAUACGUCAACGGGCUGCCGCCGAGCGUCAAGCUCGCCUUCGUGCCGCCCGAGGAGGAGAGCAGCACCAACGGCCACGCCGGCACCGAGCCGGCCCACAAGAACCCGCUGUGGCAGGACGCGGGCUCGGCGCUGCGCUCGCUCAGCGCGAAGUGGAUCCUGCGAGAGGCGAUGCGGCCGUACAUCACGGACGAGCUCUACCGGCGCAAGAAGCACCCGUUCCUGGCGCCGACGCGGUGGCCGCGGGGCGGCGCGCUCCACAGCAUGUUCGAGUCGCUGCUGACGCCGGCGCGCGUCGAGCGCCUCGGCUUCGUCGACCCGGACGUCGUCGCAAAGGCGCUCGACGCCGCGUUCGGCGACAAGGCCGACACCCGCGCGUUCCGCACCCUGUGCUACGUCGGCGCGUGGGUCACGCUCUCCGAGAGGCUGGGCGUCAAGACGGCGACGGCGUAG